AACGUCAGUGCAUUGGCGCCUACGCAGUACAGCGAGCGCGGCCCGACGGUUCAAGGUCAAUCACAGGGCGGAACCCGUUCGGCUGAGAACGCAUGCGCACUGAGAGGCGGAUGCGCCUGCGCAUUCCGUGCCCCUGAAGGCCGGCACCUCCCCCCGGUUACUUCUGGUUCCGCUCGAACAUGGAAGCUCCUGACCUUUUUUGUUGCUUUGCCUGGUGUGGCAGUCUGCAUGUUGAACUGCUACUUAAAGGCGCAGCACAAGCAUGAGAGACCAGAGUUCAUUUCUUAUCCUCACCUCCGUAUCAGGACCAAGCCCUUCCCUUGGGGAGAUGGGAACAAAAGUCUAUUCCACAACCCCCAUGUCAAUCCUCUCCCAACUGGCUAUGAAGAUGAUCACUAAAGAUGUGGACCACAGCAACUUGAGCUACUGAUAUAUUCUGACCAGAACAUUUGUAUGGGACCUUUCAUCUAAACAAUUAUUCUGCAUUCCUGUACUGUAAGGUUAUAAAUGACAUUCUGACCCCUUGUACUGUACCUGUAGAAGAGGUCACCUUAAAUAAAUAAUUCCACUUGGA